AUGGCCCCCAAGAAGAAGGUCGUCGAGGAGAAGAAGAUCAGGCUCGGUAGGCCCGGUAACAACUUGAAGAUUGGUAUCGUCGGUCUCCCCAACGUCGGCAAGUCAUCAUUCUUCAACACCCUCUCCCAAACCGACUUGGGUAAGGCUGCCAACUUCCCCUACGCUACCAUCGACCCCGAGGAGGCCCGUAUCCCCGUCCCCGACGAGCGAUUCGACUGGCUCGCUUCCGUCUACAAGCCCACCAACAAAAUCCCCGCUUUCCUCACCUGUAUCGAUAUCGCCGGUCUUACCGCUGGUGCUUCCACCGGUGCCGGUCUCGGUAACGCCUUCUUGUCCCACGUCCGUGCUGUCGACGGUAUCUUCCAGGUCGUCCGCGCGUUUGACGACGCCGAAGUCAUUCACGUUGAGGGUGAUGUCGACCCCCUGCGUGACAUGCAGAUCAUCAGUACCGAGCUGAGGUUGAAGGAUAUCGAAUGGGUUGAGAAGGCUUUGGACGGCUUGAAGAAGGUUUCCAAAAACUUGGGAAGUGUUUCGUUGGCCGACAAGGCCAAGAAGGAGGAGAUUGUCACUGUCGAGAAGAUCCUGCAUACUUUGGUCGAGGAGAACAGGGACGUCCGAAAGGGCACUUGGUCAACGAAAGAGGUCGAGGUCAUCAACCGACUCGAUCUCCUGACGGCCAAGCCCAUCACCUACCUUGUCAACCUUUCCGAGCGUGACUACGUCCGAAAGAAGAACAAGUGGCUCCCCAAGAUUAAAGCUUGGAUCGACGAGAACAACCCUGGAGACCCCCUGAUCCCCUUCUCCGUCUCUCUCGAAGAACGUCUCGUCCGCAUGGCUGACGAAGAGGAGAAGGCUGCCGAAGGCGAGGCCCUCGGUCUCGGCCGCAAGAACCCCUCCGCCUUGGGCAAGAUCACCACCUCCGGUUACUCUUCCCUCGACCUUAUCCGAUACUUUACCUGUGGCCCCGUCGAGGUCCGAGCGUGGACUGUCCGAAAGGGUAUCAAGGCCCCCGCGGCCGCUGGUGUCAUUCACUCGGAUUUCGAAAACAAGUUUGUGUGUGGUGAGAUCAUGGCGUACGAGGAUUUGAAGGAGCAUGGGUCUGAGGCUGCUGUCAAGGCUGCCGGCAAGCUGAGGCAGCAGGGUAAGCCUUAUGAGAUUGUUGAUGGUGAUAUCUGUUACUGGAAGGCCGGUCAAUAA